ACACCCGUCAGCCGCGCGCAGGAAGAGAGAGAGGGAGAGAAAGAUAGAGAGAGAGAGGGAGGGAGAGAGGGAAAAAAAGACUUCACGGACAAAGGAAAUAUGGACGCUACUGAGAGGUAUUCCUGCACGCUGAAGUCGGAACGGAUAUCUUUCAGGUAUUACACAUAAAUGGAAAACCUCUCGGUGUACUUUGAUGCAGAGGUCGGAGGUAAUUUUCUGCAAAUUAAAGAAGACGGGAAGCUGUAUUUAAUCCGUCGGCGGACCCGAUGAUCUUGCGAUGGCUGUUGCCGGGAAAUGCAACUGCAUAGAUAUUCAUGUGCCUCUUUGUUUUUUGGUACUGUUAUUCUUUUGUGGCCUUGCUUGUGGACAAAUACAAUUUUCAGUAGUGGAGGAACUGGAAAAUGGGGCGGUUGUACGUGACAUCGCACAGGAUUUGGGGUUGGACGUCCGAAAGCUGUCCACCCGAAAGAUUAAGGUAACCUCUAUCAACGGCAAGAGGUAUCUCGACGUUAAUAAGAGCGGCAGAUUGUUUGUCAAUGACAGGAUCGACCGAGAGGCGGUGUGCGGAGAUGAUUCCAGCAGUUGCCACAUGAAUUUCCAGGUUCUUCUUGAGAACCCGUCCGAGGUGCACAACGUUGAGGUGGAGAUCCUGGACGCGAAUGACAACGCGCCGCAAUUCCCAAGGGAUGAGUACCAGUUGGAGAUCACAGAAUCGGCGUUGCCGGGGUCUCGUUUCCCCAUAGAGCACGCCCAGGACCCCGACGUGGGCUCCAAUUCGGUUCGGCAGUACCGCCUGAGCCCGAACGAGCAUUUCGCGCUCGACUCCAACAAGCCAUCCCUCAACACCAAGCACAUCGAGCUCGUGCUCAAAAAGCCGCUGGAUCGCGAGCAAACGCCUUACCACGAGCUAGUGCUGACAGCGUCAGACGGUGGCUCUCCGGCCUUGACAGGUACCGCCAAAAUUAACGUUCGCGUCCUAGAUUCGAAUGACAACGUGCCAGUGUUCGACAGUUCCGUGUAUAAAGUAAAGCUGCUCGAAAACUCGCCCAAGGACACAUUAGUGAUCAAGCUCAAUGCCACGGACCUUGACGAGGGCACCAAUGGCGAGGUCUUCUACUCGUUCAGCAGCUACACGCCUGAGAGGGUCAGGCAGAUGUUCUCCAUGGACACCAACACGGGAGAGAUCCGUGUCAAGAACAACGUGGACUACGAGGAGACCACCACCUAUGAGAUGUACAUCCAGGCCAUGGAUAAGGGCCCCGCUGCUGUGGCGGCCCACUGCAAGGUAGUGGUGGAGGUGGUGGACGUGAACGACAACGUGCCCGAGAUCGUCCUGUCGUCCCUCUCCAGCCCCGUUCGCGAGGACGCCCGCGCCGACACCGUGGUGGCGCUGAUCAGCGUGACGGACCGGGACUCGGGCCCCAACAAGCAGGUGAGCCUGGAGAUCCAGCCGGGCCUGCCCUUCAAGAUCAAGUCCUUCCGCAACUACUACACCCUGGUGACCUCGGCCUUCCUGGACCGCGAGUCCACGGCGGCCUACAACGUGACGCUCAGCGCCACGGACGGCGGCACGCCGCCCCUCUCCUCCAAAAAGACCAUCCAGGUGGACGUGGCCGACGUCAACGACAACCCUCCCCGCUUCGAGCAGACCUCGUACACCGUCUACGUGCCUGAGAACAACGCCCCGGGCGCCUCGCUGUGCACCGUCAAGGCCAUGGACUCGGACGUCAACGAGAACGCCCGCAUCACCUACACCGUGCUGAACGACAACAACCACGGCAUCCCCGUCACCUCCUACGUCUCCAUCAAGCCCGACACGGGGGUGGCCUACGCCCUGCGCUCCUUCGACUACGAGUCCCUGCGCGAGUUCCACUUCCAGGUCAAGGCCCAGGACGGCGGCAUCCCGCCGCUCAGCCGCGUGGCCACCAUCUACAUCUACGUCAUGGACCAGAACGACCACACGCCCGAGAUCAUCAACCCGCCCGCCAACGGCACGCGCUCCACGGAGACGGUGCUGAAGAACGCCGACCCCGGCGCCCUGGUGACUAAAGUUGUGGCGUACGACGCGGACACGGGCCCCAACGCCUGGCUCAUCUACCUGCUGGAGCAGCAGGCCUCCGACCUGGACCUCUUCAAGGUGCAUGAGCACACAGGCGAGGUGCGCACCACGCGGCGCAUCCAGGAGGACAACUCCACCUCCUUCACGCUGACAGUCCUGGUGAAGGACCACGGCCUGCCCAUGCGCUCCUCCACCGCCACCAUCAACGUGGCCAUCCUCGAGGUGCCGCCCAAGGUGGUGCCCGACCCCAAGCGCAUCAUCCGUCCCCACAACCCGCUGCUCUUCUCCAACGUCACCCUCUACCUGAUCGUGGCCCUGAGUGCCACCACCUUCGUGUUCCUCGUCACCGUGGUGGUGCUGGCUAUCGUGCGUUGCCAUGCCUACUGCUCGCAGCCCGGAUCCUGCUCGCCAUGCUGCAUGUCCCAGAAGGCGCCCAAAGAUGGCGGCUCGGCCACCGUGGGGGCGGCGGGCGGUGGCGGCGGCGCUCCCGGGCAGCCCAACAACAACGUGGUGAUGCGGCGCGACCUGAAGGUGGAGCCGCACUACAUCGAGGUGCGCGGCAACGGCUCGCUGACCAAGACCUACUGCUACAAGACCUGUCUGACCGCCACAUCCGGCAGCGACACCUUCAUGUUCUACAACACGGGCCGGCCAAUCAGCGGCACCUGGGGUAGCGGCGCCGAGAGGUUCUUCACUCAAGGAAGUGGCUUCGUCAGGAGGCUGAGCGUGCCUGAUGCGGCCAUGCAGUCGAAGGGACCCAAUGCUGACUGGAGAUACUCGGCGUCGUUGAGAGCUGGAGUGGCGAGCUCGGUGCAGAUGGAGGAGGCCUCGGUCAUCCAGGGGGCCCAGGGCAUGCUGGUCCAGAACUGGCCCACAGUCUCCAGCGCCGCAGGAGAUGGUGAAGGGGGUGAGGUGUCUCCCCCUGUCGGUGCCGGCAUCAACAGCAACAGCUGGCACUUCCGCUACGGCUCGGGUCCCGGAGGCUACAUCCCUCCGCAGGCCCUGAAGCCCGGCGAGCUGCCCCCCGAGGCCUUCAUCAUCCCCGGCUCCCCCGCCAUCAUCUCCAUCAGGCAGGAGCCCGGAACCGGGGACGAGAAGGCCGACUUCAUCACCUUCGGCAAGAAAGAGGAGUCCAAGAAGAAGAAAAAGAAGAAGAAGGAGAAGAAAGACAAGAAAGAGAAAGGGAAGGACGACACGGAGGAGUAGGAAUCGGAGGCGUGGAUGGAUGGAUGGAUGGAGUGGGAUUGGUGUGAUGCGGAAAUGAACAAUGGAGUAAAUAAAACAGGAAUAAUAAAUAAACGCGAGAUACCAACUUGAAUUGAAUCCUUAACGAGACAGAGAAUCAACCAAAUAUGUGUGAACUUUUACAGAGAGGUCAUCUCUCCGAGGGGAAAUGGCUUCCCGGCGGGAGUCGCGAUUCACUCUUCAAACAUAUGAGACACUCUCUCUCUGUCUCUCUCUCUGUCUCUGUCUGAGCCCCGUCCUCUUCAAUAAACCAACAUGAACAAUUGCGCAGACAACCCUAAAACAAAUUAGCCUCCAAUAAGACACUACUAACUUGCCUAUCUGAACAACCGAGCUGAAUAUGCUUGCUGCAAUCCUGAUUGAUCAAAAUUGUUGUAUGUGUGUGGAGAAAUGACUGCGUUUCAUGUACAGAAUCCAUUUCUGAUUGCCAGUGCAGUGCACAUUGGAAUUUGUAUGAUAUACUAUAUUCAGCUUUCCAGAUACCAGUGUUAAAGAAAAAAGAAAAGAAAAAAAAACAAUAUCACAACUAUAAUAAUGAGCCAAAAUUUACGAUCAACACUGAAAAAAAAGAAACCCUCCCACCCUAGCACAGCCCACUCGGGCACAAAAUAUCCUGUACUCUACCCUACCGAUCUUUUCCUGUCCACUAAUAGCAGCUAGGACAGACUGAUGAAUAAAAGAGACUGAGUGAUGUUCACAAGAAAAAUACAUCAGACAACAAAAAAAAGAUCCAUACGAUGGAAUGCAUAUGUGGAAGCACCACAUUUCUGUAUAGGGAAAAGACUCUAUGACUAGAAAUGACAUGUCUUGAGGAACAUCUCAUGUCAUUUCAUGUCAUGACAAACAAUAGAACGAACCAGAAACACACAGUACAAUACAGUGGUUGGUACCUGUUAUUCCAAACAAGAGCUAUGACAUCGUUAGCCUCGCGCGCCAUCCUAUGUACUUCCGCCAAAAGAUUUUGGCUCCGUACAUGAAAUUGUAGGCCUAGUAGUAUUAUGGGAUGGUCAGUACCAUCGUAUAGCACUUGGUCGGUCGGGGUUCAUAAGGAUUUUUGUAGCCUGUUGUUCCGUGUUCCUCUGCCCUCUGCCAGUCAUAGAGAUACUGGGCACCACAGGCUGGCAUGGCAUGGCAUGGCUUGGCUGGGCUCUAUGUGAGAGGCCCAGAGUGUGGCAGCAGAAGGCCUCAGGCCUGGUCCUAGAGACAACACAGCGGGGCCGCUGGACAGGACAGAGCAGGUCAGAACAGGACAGGACAGGAUGGCUUCUCUUCUCUGGCGGCACGCCUGGCAGAAGACCCACCUGUGGUUGGUUGAUGCCCCCACCUGCAUGUGAGGAUCACAACACUCACAACACACA